AUGGCACGACUGAAAGUGUUGAAUGUGGCUGAAAAACCAUCUGUGGCCUCUGCCAUUGCCGAAAUUUUAUGCAAAGGUAGACCUAAUAAGAUUAAGAGUUGUAGUAAAUAUAAUCCUGUUUUUACAUUUGAUUAUAAGAUAAAGAAUGACAUAUGGUAUAUGUAUGUCACAUCUGUCACUGGUCAUUUGACAGAACAAAAAUUUGAUGACCGCUAUAAAAACUGGAAUAAUACGGACCCACAAGAAUUAUUUGAUGCUGAAAUAACAAUAUAUGUUGAAAAGGAUAAAAAGAAUAUUGAAAAUAAUUUAAAAAAAUAUUCUAAAGAAUGUAAUAUGUUGAUAUUAUGGUUAGAUUGUGAUAGAGAAGGGGAACAUAUAUGCUUUGAAGUUAUAAAUGCCUGUAGGAUUACAAAUAGAAAAUUAAUAAUUCAUAGGGCUCAGUUUUCAGCUGUAACUGAAAAAGAUAUAAUACAUGCUAUUAAUAAUUUAAAAGAACCUAAUAAAAAUUUAGCAUAUAGUGUUGAUGUAAGAAGAGAAAUCGAUUUAAGAAUGGGUUCUAUUUUUACACGUUUUAUGACCAUUAGAUAUAUUGAAUUGGUAAAGAAUGAAACUAAUAUUAUUAGUUAUGGUCCUUGUCAAUUCCCUACCCUAGGUUUUGUUGUUAAUAGAUAUUUAGAUAUAAAAAAUUUUAAGAAUGAAUAUUAUUGGAGUAUUAAAAUGAAAUGUGUGCAUAAUAAUGAUUUAAUAAAUCCUAUGGAUGAUGAAAAUAAUGAUGAUGAUCAUGACGAUCAAGGGAUUGAUAGUGACAGUGACGAAAGUGAUAGUUAUUAUACUAACAGUGAUGAAAGUAAUAUUGACAAUGAUGAUACUGAUGAUUAUUAUGUUGAUGAAAAGAAAAAUAAGAAAAAAAAAAAAAAGAAAAAGAAAAAAAAAAGUACAACAAAAAAGAAGAAAAACAAAAAGAAAAAAGGAAAAAAAGUUAAUAAUAAGAAUAAAAAUAAUAAUGUUGUAGAUUUUACAUGGUCUAGAAUAAGAUUAUUUGAUCAUUUAGCCGUAAUACUUAUAUACGAAGAAUUAUUAAAAAAUCCACUUUGUAAAAUAACAAAUGUUUAUGAAAGUGAGACAAGGAAAUAUAAACCAUAUCCAUUAAAUACAUUACAAAUGACAAAACUGGUUUCUAGAUAUUUUAAAAUAUCUUCAAAAGAAUGCAUGAUGAUAGCUGAAAAAUUAUAUAACAAAGGAUAUAUUAGUUAUCCAAGAACAGAAACCAAUUGUUUUCCAGAUACCAUGAAUCUACACAAGAUUAUAAAUCAACUGAGAAAAAAUGACACAUUUGGUUGGUAUGCUAAUAAAUUGUGUGAAGAAAAUAAAUAUCAUAAACCAAGAAAAGGCAAAAUGAAUGAUAAGGCUCAUCCGCCUAUACAUCCUGUAAAAAAUAUGAACAAGAUAUUAAAAGUAGAAGAAAAAGAAUGGAAAUUAUAUGAAUUUAUAUGUAAACAUUUUUUAGCAGUAUGUAGUAAUGAUGCAAUAGGAUAUAAUACAAAAGUAACAGCAAAAAUACAAGAAGAACAAUUUUUUUGUAAAGGAUUAAAAAUAAAAGAAAAAAAUUAUUUAGAAAUAUAUACAUAUGAAAAAUGGAAUGAUAAAGUUAUACCUGCAUUUCAAGUUGAUGAUGAAUUUUAUCCCACAUCUUUAUUAAUAGAAGAAGGUAUAACACAACCACCUAAAUAUUUAUCAGAAUCAAAUUUGCUUACAUUAAUGGACAAAUUCAGUAUAGGUACAGAUGCAACUAUGCAUGAGCAUAUAGAAAAUAUACAAAAAAGAAAUUAUGUUAUAAAAAAUUCAAAGUCUCUUUUUAUACCUACCAAUUUAGGUAUAGCCUUAGUACAAGCUUAUAAAAAAUUUAAGGAUAUAGGUAUUGACUUAACAAAUCCAUCCUUAAGAGCUAAAAUGGAAAAAGAUAUGUCAUUAGUAGCUACAGGUGUAAAACAAAAAAAUGAAAUUAUAAGAAAUUAUAUAGACAUUAUGAAAUAUAUAUAUCAAGAAAUAUAUAAUAGAAUUGAUGUGUUAGAUAAUAUUCAUUUUUAUUUAAAUAACCCCGAACAAAUCUCAUAUACAUAA